AAAUCCGUGAGUCUCGGGUCGGGAUCCGUUGAUUUGGAUUAGGCUCGGGGGCGAUUGAGUUAUGAUUUACUGGAUUUGGUGUGCAGGCAUGGGACCGGAGAGGGGCCGCCGCCAGCGACGCGAGAAAACAGUGUUAGGCGGCAGCGCUGAAUGGACGUGCGGGGCCGGCGCUGUCACGGCGGCAUGUGGAGCUUUUUUUUUCUUUUCUAAUUUUUUUUAACCAACUGCACCUGCCGGUUUUUAGACCCGGUGGUGAUGCGCCACCCCAUCACCGUCAAUCCUAAUCCAAUGGGCGGCCGAUCCGGCGAUGAUGUCGGUUUCGACCCAGCGGUGAUGGGUUGGUCUAUACUGGUGUAGCAUCCUUUUUAGGUGAUUUGUGUGUUGCACACAACUUUGUAGGUCCGAGUAGUGGUUUUGGUGAAGGAAAUACAUUGACCUUCAAACCCUGAGUGUCCAGUACUUUAGUAAACUAAUUUGGCUAUGCCGGAAACUGGAGAUGGCAGCGAAAUACCUUUUGGUGUCAUCGAACAUGAAGGAGAGGAGGAAAAUGUUGGCCGCCGGACUCAAAUUAAGCUGCAUACAGAAUUGCGUAGCUGAACGCUGCAAGCAUAAACAUGCUCAAUCAUUCCGCUCCGAAAACCAAGAUUCCUGCGGAUACGAGCGCCAGCCAUGGGAACAGACCUCGACCUGGCCGUGCCGGCCGGCGUGAGAUGGUGAGGCGGCCAUGGCAGUGAUCGCCCUCGCCGCCGGAGAGGCCAGGGCCGGCCGCGGCGGAGAACGGCAGGUGGCGCCGGACGGGGAGGUGGUGGCGCACGUCGUGGUCGACGUUGCCGACGGGAGCGCUGCGAGCGAUCGGGAGCGGCAGUGGCCCGGGUGCAGGAUCUGCCACCUGGCCGACGGGGACGGCGAGCUGCCCCAGCAGCUGAGCGGGCGGCUGGUGAGGCUCGGCCCCGGCUGCCGCGGCGAGCUGGCGGCGGCGCACCGGCGGUGCGCCGAGGCGUGGUUCUCCGUCCGGGGCAACAGGCGUUGCGAGAUUUGUGGCGAGAACGCGGUGAGCAUCACCGGAGGCGGGGGCAAGGAGUUCAUACGGCAGUGGCACAACACGGAGGCGGCCACGGACGGCAGAGGCCUGUCCAAGGCGUGCGGUGGCUACUGCAGGAGCCAGUCGUUCUGCAACCUGCUAGUCCUGUUGCUCGUCAUCGCGUUCCUCCUGUGGUUCUUCCAUAACCACAUGAUUUGAAGUCACUUUCAAAAUGAUUUGGAAUCUUUAAAGAGUUUCAUGUAAGGUACUGUCUUUAGAUUGUGAUCUUGGAGGCACCCAACUAGUGCUGGCCUGUGAAGGAAAAUUUGUAGAUUCUAAGCAAACCUCGAGGAAAAACUAAGUUUGUAGAUUCUAAGCAAA